AUGCAGAACGUGAGUAUUAGUCGGCGACGCGAGCACGGACCUCGUCACGAAGUGUCGGUAUUGUCACUAUACAAUGAGGCACCACUGGUUGAAGUAUCAUUGGAGCAAUUCGAAGAAUUUGCCAUCGAUCGACUGCACGUGCUAAAAGCGGUGGAGAACUACCGAUUGCGCAGUGUGCAGAUGAAGGAGCGCGAAGGAAGACUGGAGAAGACGCUGAACAAGCACAUGCCGCUACGCUCGGCUGCUUUCCGACGUACUGGCCAGGCAGAAGAUGAUACGACCAAGGAUGUGCUGUCACAUUUCUUUCUGCGCAUGGCCUUUUGCCAGUCAGAGGAGCUUCGGCGCUGGUUCUUGACGCAAGAAAGCACUUUAUUCCGUUAUCGCUUGGACAAGAUGACAAGAGAGGAGAAAAUUCUUUUUAUGAAGCAAAAUGGAUUGUCGUACGAAGAGAUGACGAUGAAGGAGGUGGAAGCACGACUAAGCAAACUAAAGGCUGUUCGAGACGCUAACGACCCGAAGGUCCGUGGUCAACCGUUGCCUGCGUACUUCAAGGUGCCCUUCACAGAGGCACUUGACCUGGUUGGUAGUCGACGAGUAUACAUUGAGGCUGGGACGGCAUACGUGCCGUUUGAACACGUCGUGUCCAUCCUGUUUGCUGCUUUUCGUGCCAAUCUAUCAAAGGAACUGUCAGGAGCUUUUCGCAAAUACAAUCGCUCACUGAUAAGCAAAGACGACCGCCUCGCGCCAGUGUUAUCAAACUUGGCAAAGCACCACAUCGAUGCAGACUACUCAUCGACUCCUGUCCUUGGUUCGGCAAAUGCUAUUAGACCAGAUAUGAUCGAUGGUCUUGCAUCGACAUCGAUGCCUCUCUGCAUGCGUUCACUUUACAAGGGACUCAAGCUCAACCACCAUCUCAAGUUCGCAGGGCGACAACAGUAUGGGCUUUUCCUCAAGGGUAUUGGUCUUCAGCUUGACGAUGCUAUUGCAUACUGGAAGCAAGAGUUUUGCAAGAAAAUGUCGGUGGAUGACUUUAACAAGAAGUACGCGUACAAUAUCCGUCACAAUUACGGAAAAGAAGGAAAACGCAAGGACUAUGCGCCUUCGAAUUGUAUGCGUAUCAUCACGGGCGAUCCACCAAAGAAUGGUGAGUAUCAUGGUUGUCCCUUUCGUCAUUUGGAGCAAGAACAUCUUCGAAAAGCGCUGCAAGGAAUACCAGAAGGAGACAAGAAAGAGAUCCUGUCACUUGCCGAGAACCACCAUUAUCAAAUUGCAUGCAAGAAAUAUUUCGAAGCUACUCAUCCGUCUAGCGAUCCUGAUAUCCUCAUCAAUCAUCCCAAUGGAUAUUUCGAGGAGAGCCAUAAAUAUUAUAUUGCGAAAGAGAAGGGCGUCGUAGUCACCGCCAAGUAG